AAGUGAGAGAUUGGGCCAAUCAGAGCAAGCGGAUUACACGCGUUAUGUUGUGCAACGGGGUGUGAUGGCUAUUUAAACCACUUGCCCACCUUGAGCACUGCAUAGAGAUUCUGUCUAAGAUAUUUUGUGUAUCACAGCUUCGAGGCCAGCGAAAGACUCUCCAAAAUGAGUGACAACAACCCCGUUAAAGACGAAGUGCAAAACUUUGACAAGAAGUGUCUAAAAAAGACAAACACAGCGGAGAAGAACACUCUGCCGACUAAAGAAGAUAUCGAGCAAGAAAAGAAGGCUGGAGAAGUGGCAAAAUGAAUCCUGUUAUGGCUCUUCUCACAUCCUCACACUUAGCCCCUGGACGUCUGAUCUACUUCUGCAUAUCAGAUCAUUUUUAAAUUUUGGCAUUUUUAAAAUGAUGAGAAUCAUGUAUUAAUUGCAACUGUGGAUAUUUUCAAUCUUUUUAACAUGUGUUAUUUAGAGAGGAGAUGAUGAUGUGGGCUGUUAAUGAUCACAUAUCUAACAUUACCAACUAAUGACCGCCCACAUCAAUCUGGUGACAUUCUGCAUUCUUUAAAUGACAUGUGAGAUGAUAUUUUUGUUUAAUAAAUAAUGAUAAAAAGUU